AUGGAUAAAAAACCGCUUCCAGCUGGUGUAGAGUCCAUUGACACCUGUGAGACCGGAAACGAGUAUAAUGGCCGUCUGGGGCUCCGCAUUUCAUCGAUCUUUGUUAUCAUGGCCGGGUCUAUGAUAGCCACGAUUGCCCCAAUUUUGGCAGCACGGUUUCAAGGAAAGAAUAGCACGGGCUCAGCGUUCUACUCAUGGGCGAUCUUUAUUGCCAAAUACUUCGGAUCUGGUGUCAUCAUAGCGACGGCAUUUAUCCAUCUCCUUGCCCCAGCGGAGGAGGCGCUGAGAAAUGAAUGUCUGACGGGAAUAAUCACUGAAUACCCCUGGGUCGAGGGGAUUAUCCUUAUGACUAUAGUGGUCAUCUUUGCGGUUGAAUUUUCUGCUGUGCGAUACUCAUUGUCUCAGCAGGAGGUCCGCCAGUCUAUGGAUAACAACGCACAGGGCCCUGAUGGUACUGUCGACCAUCCAUCCCAUGCUACUCAAGGCCUGCCAAUACAAGACAACUUGAGCAAACCGUGCAAGAAUAUCAGUGCCGAAAUCAUCAGCCCGGUCUCAACCCUCUCAGCCGAAUACGCCGCCCAGCUCACAGGGAUCUUCUUCCUCGAAUUCGGCAUUAUAUUCCACUCAAUCUUCAUCGGCCUGACCCUUGCAGUAGCCGGAGCCGAAUUCACAACCCUAUAUAUCGUCAUCUUCUUCCACCAGACCUUCGAAGGCGUCGGUCUCGGCUCUCGUCUCGCCACAGUCCCAUGGCCAAAACCCAAGCGUUCGACUCCUUAUAUCCUGGGUAUUGCUUAUAGCGUGACCACACCUGUUGCUAUUGCAAUUGGCCUGGGCGUGUCUAGCACGUACCCGCCCAGCGCGCGGACGACGCUCAUUGUGAAUGGUGUUUUCGAUUCGAUCUCUGCUGGGAUUCUGAUCUAUACGGGGUUUGUGGAGUUGAUUGCGCGGGAGUUUGUGUUUAACCACGAGAUGAGGACGGCGCCGUUGGGGACGGUUUUGUCGGCAUUUACGUUUAUUUGUCUCGGGGCUGGGCUUAUGGCUCUGCUUGGGAAAUGGGCUUAG